AUGUACCAGCCGCUGCUUGAGCUGCCUUCUGAGGCCGCCGCCGUGUUUGUCGCCGGGGACCGUUUGCUUGGUGAGGCCGCGGGGUCUUUGUACGGCAGCAGCAAACGUGUCUCAUUUGAGGCGCAAGGUGGUGCAGUGUAUCCGUUAUGGAAGCUCGCAAAUAGAAACGUUCUUGGCCGUCGUGCAGGGCGUGAGAAGCCAUCAUCGUUGUCGUCAUCGGUGUUUUCGUUGUCGUGGUGGAAGAAGCAGCAGACAUUUGGGGUGGUGCGGUGGUUACUCCGCCCUCUUGCAUCGGUCAUGCCGCUUUUGCGAUUUGUAUUUCCGUUCGUUGUGCCGGCGUCUGCAAACUGCGCGCCGCGUCUGUUGAAUGCUGCCGACUGCCCGGAGUGCGUCACCGCUGUUGCGUUCCACCCCGAUCGUAUGGUGCUGGCAGCCGCUGUUGACGAGGGCGCUGGGUGCUCGCGGGUCGUCGUAUACGACGUCGCGGAAGGGAAGGAGACAUGUGUGCUCACUCACGCCUUUCAGCGCCACGUGCGCUGCGUCGCGUGGAAGCCGCUCUCGCGUGAUGUGCUGGCGGUCGGCUGCGAUGGCGGUGCGUUGGUUUGGUCCCUCUCCUUUGGCGUCUCUCCCGUCGUCACCGUCUAUGGCAGGAGUAAUAAUGGUCACAGUGAAAAGGGGCUGGGCGCAGGAGAAGAGGAUGACGUGGACCGCAAGGCGCAUUGUUUAUUUUACCGCUGCACCACGCAUGUGCCGACGACGUGCAUUAGCUUCUCGUGCCGCGACGGGCGAUAUUUGGCUUGCGGCAGCACGGAGCACAUCGCGUUACACUUUCACGAUAUACGCUUGCCACCGUCCAACUCUUCGCUUAGAAAGAACGUGUCGGUUGAGGGUGCCACGGAGGACGUUCUUUUCGCCGAUGAUGACACGUUUGCCGUGAAGCUCGUGUGCGGCGCCAGCGUCGUUGUGAUGAUCGCCUUUCCGAGUUGCGUAGAGUCUGUCGUUCCCACCGCAGCAGCGGUGCUGAAGAUGACGAAGGCGCAGGCACUCGGGCCAAAUCACUUUUUCCUCCAGUGCGCUCACGUGGAGGGGGUUGUUAUAGCGCACGCCAACCCGUUCAUUGGCGUGCAAGUCAUUGCUCUUGUGUCGACGGGUAUUGCCGGUGGCAUCGGCGGCAACGUGCGGCGAAUGGCGUGUAGCGACAGACGUCUUUACAUUGCGCUGGAGACAGGUCAUUUGCUUGUGUGCCACUACGGCCGCCGUGGCGGCGCGUUUACACUCAUCCCUGUAGGCGUGGCGGAGCUUGACGCGGCGCACUUGGCGGUGUUUGACGGUUUCACCCGCGGCUCCCUGCUGGCGGCGGUGGAGGCGUCGGACCAGUCGGUGAUAUUUAUGCCCUCGUACCACUCGUAG